AUGUCAACUAUCAAGAAAAUAGUAAUUACAAUAUUUUUAGCAAUCGUUAUGGGUAUCUCUAUUUUCUUAUGUAUAGUGGAUCAACCCAAAACAUCACUCAACCUCGCAGGGGAAAUUGCAAAUGAAUCUAUUCGCUAUUAAUUCAGCAAUUAGCUCGCUAAGUUUUCAAAAAAUUACUAAUCUGUGGAAGAUUUUAACAAAGCAUUACUGAACUUUUAAGAAAAUCAAAAAGUAAUUGACAAGUAUAAUGCAAAAAACAAUGGAGUUUAACUUGGGCUAAAUAAAUUCUUUGAUAUGGAUAUUAAUGCAUUCAAAGCCUAAUAUCUUGGCAAAAAAAAAGUUAGCUCAGCUAUUAUUAAGAAAGCUAAAGAUGAUGCUAAUUCAUUAUCAUUGGCUGCUCUAAAAGCAGCUGCUGCUUCAACUUAACCAACUCCUAAACCUGAUAAAAGAAAUUUACAAUGGUUUUUUAUGAAAACAACUUAGACCACAACACCAAAACCACCAUCAGUUUCUACUGAUUAUCGAGGUGAUAGUGUUGGAUCAUUUGAUUGGAGAAGUUAUAACAAGAUUACUACCCCUAAAGACUAAUUAGGAUGUGGCUCAUGCUACGCAUUUUCUUCUAUAGGAGCAAUGGAAAGUCUCUUGCUAAUUAAGAAUUAAAGUUUAUUUUAAGGAAUAAAUCUAUCAGAGCAAUAAAUUGUAGACUGCACUAUUCCUUAGGGGAACGAAGGUUGUUUAGGAGGAUAUGAACUAUCAGUUUACUAAUACACAUCAAGAACAGGAAUCGCUACAGAGAAUAAUUAUCCAUAUAUCGGGAAAAAGUAAAUCUGUAAAAGAACAGGGUGGAUCAAGACAAAUAGCUUUUAAUACUAUGAAUCAAAUCUGAGUGCUGUAACUAUCAGAAAAAUAAUUGCGAAGUAACCUGCUUCAAUCGGUAUUUGUAGUUCAGACAGACAAUUUAUGCUAUAUAAAUCUGGAAUAUUCAUGAAUACCGAAUCAUAUAAAUGUUGCGUUGAUGUUGAUCAUGCAGUGCUUUUGAUUGGAUGGGGAAAAGAUAAGACUUAUGGUAAUUAUUGGAUUAUAAAAAAUUCAUGGGGUACAGGCUGGGGAGAAGGAGGCUAUAUGAGAAUAUAGAUGAUUGAGGACACCUAUGAAUAAACUUGUGGAAUUGGGUAUGAUCUCACUCAUCCUCUCAUAAAUUGA